AUGGCAUGCGAAAGGAGUACGCUGCAAUUUUCAUCCAGAGAAAGGGAAAGGGCGAGAGACGCGGAAAAAGCAACCCUGUCUAAAUGCAGAGCAUAUGUUUGGGGAGAGAUAUAUGGCACAGCAACUACGCAUUCUGCGCGUAUGGACCGCGUCGACACGCCUUCGCACAAACAGAAUUCCGAACAAAAGGCACUCGAAAAGCAAACUCGAACUAGCAUGCACAGCGAAGGGAUAAAAGAGAGAUGGGAUGGAGAUCGGCAACAACGGCCUGGAAGUGUUGCCGAGCCACAGUUCCUGGAACGCAUACAGGAGCGCCACGAAGAACACGAGCUUCCUCCCUUCACUGACCAGGCUGCACCCACAAAUAUCGCGCGUGAAGGUCCAUCACGGCUGUGCUGCUUCGAUAACAGAAGUGAGGCUGCACGGGCUGUACACUUGAACCAGAUGGUGUGCUUUGAAGCACUCAGCGCACAUGCCAGCUUCAGCAUCAUAUUAUUCAGGAUGAAAGCUUGGAGCUCAACGAACAGCCCCAGGAAGAAUGGGAAUAAGAUUCAUGCUGCUUUUACAAUUGCUGGUGUCGACCCAUUUCAGCCUUUAAAACAGCGACACCUUCUGCAGCAAGUGAUGAUCCAUGUCAACUUUUUGCAUAUUCUUCAAGCUCAAAUGAAUGUAAAAAGCACACAUAAGGCCUAA